UUGUCAGUAGACUGCCCAGCUAAUGUCGAUGAAUAAACUCAGGUGAUCGCAUAUUAUUAAGGUACAUAUAUAUAUCUGUAAGCUUGUAACAUAUUUAAUAUUCAUGUACUGACCAAGGAAAUCAUAUAUUGUAGAAUAAUGGGACCGACUACGGUGCCUUUAAUGACGUCACAAAUGAACACGAUGGAAACAGAUACGUCAUAGAUACGUCUGAAUCAACACCGCUAUACGCUGACAAAGGUAACCAAGAUUCCAGAAACUAUGAAAUAUCCUAUGCCGGGCAAAACACGUUAUUGAAAGCCGGAUCAAAGGCAGUGAAUAAUAAUCAAACAGGAAAAAUGGGCAACCUGCUAUUAUCAUUCUCUGUGUACUCAAAUGCGCCGAAGAUAUUUAGCACGGACCAACCAUCUGGUACAUUGACAAGCAUAAAUGGUAUACGGUUUCUGAGCAUGACGUGGGUCAUGUUAGGACAUACGUAUGCCUUUGGAUUUACUUUAACUGGUACGUUUUGUGUCCCCGAAAUAAUUAAGAGAUUCACAUUCCAGGCCAUUUCUAAUGCAACCGUUUCUGUGGACACGUUCUUCGUUCUCAGAUUGACACCACCGUAUAUGUUGCUUCUAAUGCCAUACGUUCCAACAUUUAAAUACUGGGGCAAUGGACCAGGCUGGCCACAAAAUGGGGUUGAUGUAGACUAAUGUAAGGAUACCUGGUGGACUAAUUUACUGUAUAUCAACAACUUAUGUAUGGGAUGGAGCUGGUACCUGGCUAAUGAUAUGCAGUUUUAUGUUCUGAGCCCUUUAAUGCUGGUUCCCUUGUAUUAUUCACCCCUCUGGGGCGCAGUCUCUUGUCUAUGCUUGGUCCUGGUAAACUUCAUCAGUGCUGGAGUUAUUUCUAAACGUAACCAUUUGAGUGCAAAUUUACUGGAGGGAAAUGGAAAUGAAAUGAUGGAAGAUUUAUAUUUCAAACCUUGGACCCGUAUAGGACCAUAUGUCGUCGGAUUCUUCACUGGAUAUCUUCUACAUAUUACAAAGGGCAAAGUCAAAAUGCCACAGGUAUUAAAUGUUGUCGUCUGGAUUGUUGCUACAGUAAUCGCUAUGCUAGAUUUAUACGGCUUGUACUCGCCAGAUGGUAAGAAAAUUCUCAGCGAUGAUACGUCGGCACCAUUCUAUAAUGCUACAUCAAGAACUGCAUGGGGACUGUGAGUUGCUUGGGUUAUUUUCGCAUGUGCCAGUGGAUAUGGAGGCCCUGUUAAUAAGUUAUUGUCAUGGCGUGCAAUUAUUCCGCUGAGCCGUUUGACGUAUUGCGCAUAUCUUGUACAUCCGCUCGUGAUGUAUGCAUAUUAUUCUAGCAAACGAACUUUGAUGAGAUGGUACGAUUUUGAAAUAAUAUACAUUUUCCUGGGCCAUUUAUGUGUAACGUAUGCUGCAGCGUUUGUCAUUUCUCUGGCGUUUGAAUCUCCAAUGAUGGGAAUAGAGAAAGUUUUGUUGGGAAGAAAGAAAAAUAGUUGAUCACCAUGGCAACAUAAAUGAACAAAUAAAAAGUGCAAUAUGAGUGAACUGUCCAAUUCAUUCACUUGCAUGACGCUUCAUAGUCAGACUAUAUUUGUUGUUU